CGGGGGUCGCCGUGCCGGGCGGUGCGGGGCGGCUGUGCUGCGCGUCGCGGUGCGUGGGUUCGCUGCGGCGCGCAUCGCUGGCGCCCUGCGUUACGCUGCGCUGCCUUAAGCCGCGCCGGGUUAAACUGCGCCGGCCCCGCGCUGCCCCGCAUGCAGCCCGCCCCGCAAGUGCCGCCAUGGCGGAGGAGGAGCAGGCCUGCUGCGUGGUCAGCGUCUCCGGCCCGCCCGACGCCCCCGAAGCGGCAGCCGGGCCCUGGAGCUGCAGCGGGGUGAUCCUGAGCCGUGGCCCCGGGUUGGUGCUGUGCCAGGGUGCUGUCUUCGCUCCCUUCCUGCGGGACGGCCCCGCCGCCUGGGCCCGGCCCCACGCCCUCCUGCCCGACGUCCUCCAGCCCGGCCUGCGCCUCCUGGUCCUGCAGCCCCCGGCCCUCGACGCCCCGACGGCACCGCGGGACCCGUCCGACCGCUUGCAGCAGUACGAAGCCCGGCUGCUGGCCCUGGUGCCCUGCGAAGCCUUUCAGCGGGCCCUGGCACGGGCCUUCGGCACAGCAGAGCCGUGGCAUUUCGGCGGCGGGGAGGAGGCAGGGGACGAGCGGGCUGCCCUGCACUGGUUCGCCUGGUUGCGGGUGCCCGGCCUCGAUACCCCCGGGGGCAGCUGGACAGCGCGGGCCAGUGCUAGCUGCCUGCGGAAAGGCGAGGGGCUGCUGGCCUGCGGCUCACCCUUCGGCGUGCUCUGCCCCGACCUCUUCCUCAACACCCUGAGCAGAGGGGUGGUGAGCAACCUGUCUGGGGAAGAGAACGCCCUCGUCCUCACUGAUGCCCGAUGCCUGCCGGGCACCGAGGGCGGUGGGGCCUUCCUGCCCUCGCCCGACGGGCCCCGUUUGGUGGCCGUCAUCGCUGCGUCCUUCUGCUGGAAGGGUGCCGAGUGGGUGGGGCUCACCCUGCUCUGCUCCCUCGCCGCCAUCCUACAUAGCAGCGCCGGUGCCCUGGGCGAAGCUGGCAUUGCGGUGCCGCCGUUGCCAGCGCAGGUGGCUGCAGUGCAGGCAGGAAGCGGGCAGGACCCCCUGGGCUGGGUGGUGUUGGUGGAGUGUGGGACGACUUGGGGCUCGGGGGUGCUGUUGGCCCCGCGGCUGCUCCUCACCUGCCGGCAUGUGGUGGAGGCGAAUUCCCCGCUCCGUGUGACGCUGGCAGCCAGUCCUGGCCGGGCUGCCACUGCCCUCAAGGGCCGCGUGGUGUUCACCACCGAGGAGACGUCGCCCUUCGAUGUGGCGGUGGUGGAGCUGGAGGAGAGCGUGCCGGGGCUCCUUCCCCCGCGCCCAGCGGACACCUUCCUCCCCGGAGAAGAGGUGAGCGUGGUGGGCUUUGGGGCGCUGGGGCGGGCAUGCGGCCCCUCGGUGACGUCGGGGAUCCUCUCGGCGGUGGUGGCGGUGGCCGGGCGCCCCGUCAUGCUGCAGACCACCUGUGCUGUCCACGGCGGCUCCAGCGGUGGCCCCCUUGUCUCCUCCCGCAGCGGACGCCUCCUGGGGAUCGUGGCCAGCAACACCCGGGACACCAGCGUGGGAGCCACCUACCCCCACCUCAACUUCUGCAUCCCAGUCACCGUCUUGCAGCCGCCCGUGGCGCGCUACCGCCGCACCGGCGACCCCACCGCCUUCGCCACGCUCAACUGGGCAGGCGAGGGGGUGCGGGCAGCAUGGCGGCUCCAGCGGCAGCCAGGACCCCCCAGCAAGCUCUGACCCACGUCCUGGGGGGCUCGCACCCUGGACAGACCUGCCACAUCCCUGCUGGUGUGAAGGCCAAGCACCUGUACCCCACAGGUACAGGGGUGGAGGGCAUGGCACAGUGCCUUUGCCAGCUGCUGCUGACCCUGAACUGGCGAGGUUUGGGGUGUUUGCUUUAUUUCGUUUGCUCCCUGGAGCCAUAAAUGCUAUGAGGUGA